UAUUUGCUGUGCUUGAUCUCUCAAAUUUUUGUUCUUUUCCACUAAUUUACCGAUUUGUACCUGUAAUUUUGGAAUUGAUUGUGUGUUCUUUCGCAGUUUUUAAUGAACCCUUGAUUCCUUCUCCUUGUCUUUAAAGCUGUUUUUUUAUCGGUUUGGAAUUAUAUGAUUCUUCAGAAAUUGGAUUUUGUUCAUCUGUACUGCUUGUUUCCGAUAGUUUUUUUUUUUUUUUUGUAUUUUAAACUGGAAUUUUCGUGUUGAAAGUAUAACUUUUAAGUUUUUGUUGGAUUUGGGAUUUGGGGUUUGCUCAAGUUUGCUCCUAUGGUUGUUCUUAAUGUCUUUGGAAGUGGUUUUUGCACAUUUAAUCUGAUUUCCCUAUGUAGAAUCUCCUGAUUAUGAAAAAUGUUUUUAAAUUCAUUGCAAAUACCUGUGUUUUUACACAACUCUUUACAGUUUCUAUUGUCAUCAUCUUAUUAUAUUCCUCAUAUGCUAGACAAGAGUUGGCGCUAAUUAUUUACUGUUCAUACAUAGACAAUUUCCUCCAAUACUCCUUGAUAUGACAGUAAAAUUUUGCCCUCACACCAAAAAUAACGGUUCUAAAGAUUAUAGAAUCAUGUGUAAAACUCUUAUUGUAAAACUCUUACAAUAUGAACGCAAAUCCUUGUUUUUCUGUGAUAACUAAAUUCUCAUCUCAUCUUACCUUGCGAGAGAGAUAAAUGGAAAGAAGAAAAAAAAAGGGGAAAAAAAAAACUAUUUGAGUAUUGGACCCGGUCGUCGGCAUGAGUUUUUCUGACCAUCAUUUGUAUACAGCAUUUUUAGUCAUAUAAUCUUGUCAAAACUAAGAUGGCGUAUUGAGUAGGCACGCAUGUGCGUUCUCAUUUACAUUUUUCUUUGUCUUUUAGAGCUGUUUCUUACUGAGAAAAUUGAUCUCCACUUCCCACAAGCGCUCUUGGGCCAGAUGCUCUGUUUGAAAUAGCAUGUCUGAACAGCCUGACUAUGGUUGCAAAAGCUCUAGCUCAAGCGUGAGUAGCAGCUUGCAGGAGACUGAGGAUGAAGUAACAAUCGGCAGCCUCUUGGCAGAAGCAAGUAAAAGCAACAGAAGAAGCCUGGGCAAGCGCCUCUCUCAUUUGGAUUCCAUUCCGCACACACCUCGAAUUAAUGGCCAAAUUCCUGACGUCGAUAAUGCUACCUUAGAUCACGAACGACUGUCAGAAAGGCUUACUACAUAUGGUUUAGCUGAAUUACAGAUUGAAGGAGACGGGAAUUGUCAGCUACGAGCUUUGGCAGAUCAGAUUUUCCGCAAUCCUGACUACCACAAGCAUGUGCGAAAGGCAGUUGUAAAGCAGCUUAAGAAGUUCAGGAAAUUUUAUGAAGGCUAUGUUCCAAUGGAUUAUAAGACGUAUCUGAAAACAAUGAAAAGAUCCGGGGAAUGGGGAGAUCAUCUGACGUUGCAAGCUGCGGCAGAUCGGUUUGGUGCCAAAAUUUGUCUUCUUACCUCAUUUAGAGAUAGAUGCUUCAUCGAAAUUGUUCCUAAAGAUCAAAAUCCUACAAGAGAGCUUUGGCUUAGCUUUUGGAGUGAAGUACACUACAACUCCUUGUAUGCUGCUGAUGACCUUCCAACUCGAGUGACAAAACGGAAGUACUGGCUUUUCUAGAGAGCUUCGAUCUCAAUAGCAGCCUCCACUGAAACGAAUUCGUCGAUGAACCUCGUUCUGAAACUUUCUUUUACGUUGUAAUUUUUGUACAGUAUUUUCUUUUUUUUUUCACACUUCUCUUUUGCAAAACUUGUCGCCGGUAAUUCAGAGAUUCUCGCCAUCGUCGUAAUUUCUAUCUGUAAUUUUGUGAUGUUUUUGAUGACAUGAAUUCUUGCUUAAAGAUCAAAGUCUAAAAGUAUUGAUGUUC